UCUAAGUAUUUUUUUUAAGAUGUCAUUGCAAGACAGGAUUACUAAUAAGAUCCCAUGUCCUCCAUAUAGCUAUCGGGUCGUUAACUGCAGGUUUUUGAAAUUAGUCGAGAUGCAAGCUGACUAGGCACGUGGGUCGUUAACUGCAGGUUCUUGGAAUUAGUCGAGGUGCGCACAAACUGACAAGGCACGUGGAUCGUUAACUACAGAUCCCCAGAAUUAGUCGAUGUGUGCGCAAACUGACUGGGCGCACGUAAAACUGAGUGACAGUAGCUUGGUCCUAUUUUGACUUUCUCUCAAUGAGUUCCAUUACAUUAGCGGCUGUUGGCUCUCACUUAAAGCCCAUCAACAUAAAACCCUCUUUCCCAACAUAUUGGAAACCGAAUUUUUUUAAGAAGGCAACCCAAAUCCCGAACAAACCCAGAUUUCUCUGCCUCCACGGGUUCAGAACGAGUGCCGAAAUCCUCCAGAAACAGCUCCGACGGUGGCCAGAGACAGUUCUCGGAAAAUUGGACCUCGUCUUCAUCGACGGGCCUUUUUUUGCCCAAGGAGAAUCUGGAGUCGAACGCUUCUACAAUCCUCCUUAUUACGAGUGGUUUCAGUUUAGCCAGGAUUACCAGGAGGCUUAUAAUUUUGAAGAAUGUCUUGCUUACAUUGAAGAUUAUAUGGUCAGGAAUGGACCUUUUGAUGGUCUCAUGGGUUUUUCCCAGGGAGCUAUUUUAUCUGCAGCAAUGCCAGGAAUGCAAUUGGAUGGUGUGGCACUCACAAAGGUUCCAAAGAUUAAGUGUGUGAUUAUAAUGUCAGGGGCCAAGUUUGGUGGAUCCAACUUUGGGUCGCCCAAACUGGCUGCUAAUGCAUUUUCAUCUCCUCUCAAGUGCCCUUCCCUCCACAUUAUUGGUGAAGCAGAUUUGUUGAAAGAACAGGGGAUCGAGUUAUUGGAAUCGUUUGUUGAUCCUUUUGUGGUUCAUCAUUCCAAAGGCCACGCAAUAGCAAGACUUGAUGAGAAAGGCCUGAAGACAAUACUUAGCUUCAUUGAAACGAUUGAGAAAAUGCAUCGACAGCUUAAAUGA